UCCACUUUAUUGCUUACUGAAACUCAAUAUCUCAUCAGUCGAUCGGCGCUCCCCAUUUUCAUCCAUCUUCGAAUUCCAUCGUCAGAAAUUCUGCUUGAAAUUCUCUGAAAAUGGACGCCAAGCCCACCGAGAUCAGCAGCUCCAAGAUGUUCGGAGGUUACAACCGAAGAUACCGCCAUUACAGUCCAACUCUUGGCUGCUCCAUGACCUUCCACAUCUACUUCCCUCCUUCUCCUCUGCCGUCCCACAAAUUUCCGGUACUGUACUGGCUCUCUGGGCUUACCUGUACGGAUGAGAAUUUUAUAAUUAAGUCAGGGGCUCAACGCACUGCUUCCAGUGAAGGUGUUGCUUUAAUUGCACCUGAUACAUCUCCAAGAGGCCUGAAUGUGGAAGGAGAGGCAGAAAGUUGGGAUUUUGGUGUUGGUGCUGGAUUUUAUCUCAAUGCUACACAAGAGAAAUGGAAAAAUUGGCGUAUGUACGAUUAUGUUGUAAAGGAGUUACCUAAACUCCUGAGUGACAACUUUUCUCAGCUUGAUACAUCACGGGCAUCCAUAUUUGGUCACUCUAUGGGUGGGCAUGGAGCUCUAACAAUCUACCUGAAAAACUUGGACAAAUAUAAGUCAGUAUCUGCCUUUUCGCCCAUUGCGAAUCCUAUAAACUGUCCCUGGGGCCAGAAGGCAUUCACAAAUUAUCUUGGUAGCAACAAAGCUGACUGGGAGGAAUAUGAUGCUACUCAUCUAAUAUCUAAGUUUCACGAUGUAUCUGCUACCAUUCUAAUUGAUCAGGGGGAGGACGACGAGUUCUUACAUGGACAGUUGCUGCCACACAAGUUUGAAGAGGCAUGCAGGGCUGUGAAAGUUCCACUCCUGUUGAGGCUGCAACCAGGUUACAAUCACUCUUACUUUUUCAUUGCUUCUUUCAUUGAAGAUCACAUCCGUCACCACUCUCAAGCUCUUAGGCUUCCUUAAAAGCUUGUGCUGCUUAUGAUCUGCUGUCUCUCAUAUCUAAUUUUCUAUCCUCUGAGAAGUUAAGGCAUGGUGGCUCUGUAAUUUUGGUGAAUAUGGUGAUGUUAUUUCAGUGUCUUCUGGAUCUCCAGUGUGAAUGGUAAAAUUGUCUUUGCUUUGGCUCCUUGCUAGAUAUUAUAAUAGAAGCUUAUUUUAGCCUAAUAAUUUUUCAUUUUAUUUGUUGGGUUUAAA